AUGAUUCUCUUACCAGUCGCUGUGGCCUUUCUUCUGUGCCUUUGGAUCUUCCAUAAAAUUCGAUCUACAAAGGGCAAAAGACUGCUUCCAGGGCCUCGCCAACUGCCGUUGAUUGGCAACUUGCACCAGGCCCCCCAAAACAAUCCAUGGAGAACAUAUCAGCAAUGGUCAACGAUAUAUGGUCCAAUCUUCCGCCUUCAGUACGGCCUAAAUACAGUCAUCAUUCUGGGUGACUACGAAGUUGCCCAUGAUCUGCUAGACAAGCGAAGUAACAUAUACAGUUCAAGGCCGCGAUCUGUGAUGGGCGGCGAGAAUGUGAGCAAGGGAAUGCGAACCCUCCUGAUGCCCUAUGGCCAGCAGUGGCGCACUCAUCAGCGUCUUCAAGCCUCUUGUCUCAAUAUCCGAGUAUCUCAGACCUACCGGGAACUGCAAGAUGUAGAGAGCAAGCAACUCCUUUGCGAGUUGCUGGUGCCCGGUGUUGAUUUCUCGGAUCGGUAUCAUCGAUACUCUUCCAGCUUAAUAUUUGCACUUGCAUAUGGCCGACGUCUCGAGACCGGUAGCGAGCCGGAGAUCCAGGCAAUCGACAAGGUCAUGGAAAACUUUCUCUAUGCUGCGAGGGUAGGUACCUGGAUCGUGGAUUCUCUUCCGUUUCUCAACUACCUGCCGAAUUGUCUGGCGCCUUGGAAGAUACACGGCGACCAAGUUCACGAGUUUGAAUCGAGUCUGUAUAUGGGAAAUAUGCGUCACGGAAAAAGGAGCAAAUCUUGGAAUUGGUCAAAGCAGGUUUCUGAAAUGAAAGAGUCCACAGGCAUGACAGAAAAAGAGCUGGCGUACGAUGUGGGUAUAAUCUACGAAGCUGGGAGUGAUACAACAACGAUGGCUCUUGAAGUAUUUACUCUUGCCAUGAUUCUCAACCCCGAUGUGAUGAAGAAAGCACAAAAAGAGAUUGAUGAAAACUCAAAAGGGUUCCCUUGCUUUGAAGAUAAAGAUAAUCUCCCUUACGUUGAUGCGGUCAUCAAGGAAACUCUUCGCUGGCGACCGGUCUCUGCUGGUGGCAUACCCCAUGCUGUCACCCAGGAUGAUGAAUACAUGGGAUUUCACAUUCCCAAAGGGGCGACCGUCAUUGGAAAUCAUUGGUCCAUUCAUCUCGACAAGGACGUAUACAAAGAUCCUCACAGCUUCAGGCCAGAUCGUUGGAUUGAAGACCCAACCCUUCCUCUAACUCCAUUCGGCUUCGGACGCCGCGUGUGCACAGGCCAACAUAUUGCGAGGAACUCAUUGUUUAUCAACAUCGCACGUAUCCUAUGGGCCUUCAAUAUCAAUUAUGCCUAUGAAGAAAAUGAAGAUGGAGAAAAAAGAUGCGAAGUGGACCCAUGGGCAUUCACGCAGGGAUUCAACUCGCGUCCAUUGCCCUUCCGCGCUUCCUUCACUUUGAGAUCUGAGGAAAAGGCUACUGUAAUACGGGAAGAAUGGGAUGCGGCCGAUAAAGAUCUUGACCAAAUUCUAACCAGGAUUAGGUCCUCGCAAAGGACAAGAUAA